AUGCCUCGACCAAGAAUUUACUUUACCAAGGAGCAGCAAAAACUUGCAAACAGUAUUAAAUGCAAGAAGUCAUAUGAAAAACACAAGGAGAUACGCAAAGAGGAGAGGCAGCGGAAAGCUCAGUUGAAACAAAAAAACAAGGCCUACAAACGUAUUAAAAAGAAGGGAAAAAGUGAGAAGGGCGUUAGAGAAAUGGUGAUUACUACCUCGGAUGCCGGUGUUGUUCAGACAUCACUCAUUGCAAUGUGUAUACUCUCAAAGUCCUGGCAGACGUUCACCGACUUCACAAAGAAAAUACGGGCACUUUGGCUAUUUGCUGAAGACAUUUAUCACACAUAUCUCAACUCCUCCACUGAUCGGCUCUCUCUCUCACUCAUCCAAGACAAACAAUAUUACCUUUCAGAAUGUGUUGCCUCCUUACAGGAAGACUGGGAUACAUUGUACCAGACGGCUGGUGCAUGUCAAGAGUUGGAGGAUAUCAAGAUCAUGAAAACAGAGGUUUCCCUCACUCUCUCAUAUUGA